UGCUGAUUAAUUCAAUCACAAAAUAAUACCAUUUAAUAUAUUAUUCGAUUUAAUUAUAUUACCAUUAUCGAUUAGCUCAUAUUACGUAUCACGUGUAAACUUGUACCACACGAGAGGACUAACAUUUUCUAAUUUAUUCGUUGGUGCCAUUUGAAACACACUCGAACAGAGAGAGAGAAACAGAAAACGACGCGAUCAACUCUCUCUCUCUCUCUCUCUCUCUCUCUCUCUCCCUCGUCCCUUUCCCAAAUAUUUUUUCAAACUUGCUCGUUCGUUCCAAACUCGUGGAUGCCCUCUUAAAUCCCCAUCCCGUACACAAAUCAAUUUAUCCAACAAAUAUAUUCAGCCGAAUGUUAAAGAAGAAAAGUAGAAGUUGAAAAGAAACGGACGUGAAGAAGCAUGAAAUUCCUGCUUCGGUCGGAGACGAAGAAUAAUGGCAGAGUAUUUUGGAGGAAGGGGUGAAUAAUCGGACAAAAGAGAAGAACGUGAAACGAUCAGGACGCGGAAAGAGGAACGAAGGAAGCCACGAGGACGCUUCCGCCGAUCGGAGGUGCGCAGAAGCGCCGGUGCUCGGUGUCACGCGCCGCGACGAGGGCUAACGCAGUCGUGAUUCGCGCGGCGUCCGUGUCAGUUCGCCGUUUUCCGCGAAACAUUCAAAGUGCCACGUUUUACUCGAGCUCGAAACACAGCCGCGCCAAUAUUCAACUGGUUCUGUGGAUCUCUUCAAAAUUUCUUUCGCAUAGUUGCAGUGUUGAAGGUUCGAAGAAGUCGGAAGUUGAAGGUCAAGAGCGCGACUGCUUCGCUUACGAAAGAAGAAAACGUUGGAUAGUUGGAAGUUCGAAGAGGUUGGAAGCUGAAGAUCACCGGUCCGAGUGAUUUGGUUUUCAGAGGAGAAAACGGUAACGAGGACGAGGAAGACCAAGAAAUUAUUAUACUGCUUUCUGCGGAUUCUCCCAAAAACUUUUUAAGAUGGCUGCGAAUUAGAAAGUUUAAAGAAGUUGGAAAUUGAAGGUCGGGGGUGCAAGAGCCUUGGUUUAGAGGGGAAAAAGUUUCGCAAUCGAGGAAGUCGAGGAAAUGAUUACAAUUCUAAAGUAAUAUUAUUAUGCUGUUUUUUCUUUUCCUUUUUUUUUUCUGUGGAUUUUCAUUACUUUCUUUAAGGAAGCUGAGAAGUUGAAGAUUUAAGGAAGUUGGGGACUGAAGAUCAAUAUACCUGAAAUAAAUAUUAUUCACCUGUCUUCUGCGAAUUUUUACAAAGUUUCUGCAAGGAAUCCGACCCUUUGCUUUAGAGGACAAGAUUUAUUUUAUUUUAUUAUUAUGGAUUUCCCUAAAAUUUCUUAAUGGAAAUUAGAAAAUCAGUGAGCUGAAAGACUUGAAAACGGGAAGCUGAUGGUAAAACUGCUUUGGUUCAGCAGGGAAAGAAUUUAAAAAGUCGAGGACGUUGGAACGAUCGAGAUAACAUCGCGCGACUGUUUCCUAUGGAUUCUUUUGAAAUUUCCUAAAAGAAGAACGGUAAAAGCAAGUCCAAAGAAGCUUGAGAACCGACAAUUAAAGAAAUAGCUGCUCUAGCUUAGCAGGAAAAUAUCGCCAAAGUCGAGGAAGACAACAAAUUGAAGAAAACGGAAAAUAUUUGUGAAACUAUCUUAUUCAAGCAGAAGUGGAAGUUUGGAAGUUAAGGAAGACUAAGAAGUUUCGUGUAACAAACGUUCCGGAAGUUAGAAAAAUGAGAUUGACAGUGGAAGUGCUUUCAGCAGAAAGAGGAGUUUCAACAUCUAGUGAUCGACAAUGAUUCUAUCAAUGAUAAUUAGGAGCUCGAAUGUUUGGAAUUAAGUUCGAGUGCCUGAGAGGAAUUUGAUGUGUCGUUUAAUAACUCAAGGAACUUCGUAUUAAAAAUAAAUAUCUAAAUAGACCAUACCUUAAACAGAUCGUAAAUUAGGCUUCCAGAUUAAAGGAAAUUGAACGCUUAAAAAUAAAAAUGAGAAGUUGCAAAUAAUUAUCCACGAGCCACGACUACGUAUUUUGAAGCUUAAUCUCCCUUAAAUCAAGUUCAACGUGCUCCGAGGACCCAGCAAAGUAAAUCACACGAGUAAGUUUACCCGAGAGACCACUCCAUUCAAGAAAAACAACUAACCAAUCUCCAACUUAGUUCGAACGAAUCAUUUCCAUUCUUCCAUCAAAACUUCAAAUUCUAUUAGCGAUACAAAAACUCUGACAACUCUCGAUUUAUUUCACGAUCAACUGAAAACGACGCAACCAGCUCUUCAAACAAAUCCAAACCGAUCUUCACUACCGUUUCUAACGAAAGAGUUUUAAAAUUACGAUUUAAUAGGAAUUGCACGAUAUAUCGAAAAUGAUGCAAUCGGUUCUCUGAACCACAAGCAAACUAAAUUACACUCGAUUUUAUUUCCAUUAAUAACAAAUCUCUAAAUCUGCCAGUGAAAACGAUGGAAUCAAGUUUCUGAACCAAAGAAAACCAAUCAGUACCAACCCACGUACUUCUAUCAAAAACACACCAACGAUUCGCGUGGAAUGACCAGCCUUCAUCAUGGAUCCUACAACUACCUUGGCUCCCAAAGUCAUUUCCUCCGCUCUCCAAACCUAUCUCCAAAACUUCACCGCUUUCACCAACACCACAAACAUCGUUCUGCCUCUCAGAGACUCUUUAUAUAUCGUAAUACCAGUGACCAUAAUUUAUCUGUCGAUCUUCAUAACCGGUACAAUCGGAAACAUCAGCACGUGCAUCGUGAUCGCACGCAACAAGUCGAUGCACACAGCCACCAACUAUUAUCUAUUCAGCCUGGCGGUGUCAGACCUGUUGCUGUUAGUCUCUGGUCUCCCAGCAGAGAUCUAUAUGGUCUGGUUCAAGUAUCCGUACAUAUUCGGUGAAGUUUUCUGCGUUCUUCGUGGCCUGGCAGCGGAAACCUCCACGAACGCUUCGGUGCUGACCAUUACAGCGUUCACCAUCGAAAGAUAUUUGGCUAUUUGUCAUCCGUUCUUGUCGCAAACCAUAUCAAAGCUGACGAGAGUGCUGAAGCAGAUUCUUAUAAUUUGGUUAAUAAGUCUGUUGUUCGCAUUGCUACUGGCGUUGCAAAUCGGAAUUGUCCACCAUUACAGCAAUCCAAAGAUGGUGAUGUGUACCGUGAAGAAAGUUCUGAUCGCGAAUUCGUUCGAAUUUUCCACGUUCCUCUUCUUCGUGAUCCCGAUGGUUCUCAUUACGGUGCUGUACGCGUUGAUUGGAGUGAAACUGAAGAAGUCGAAUAUGAUGAAGAGAAGCAGAGGCAGCGGCGAGAGUGGAAGCUGUAGGCAUCAUCCUGGAAAAUCGUCGAGGAGAGUGCUGAAGAUGCUUGUUGCCGUGGUGAUAGCCUUUUUUAUUUGUUGGGCGCCGUUUCACAUACAGCGACUGGUCGCCACACACGGGACGAACUCGGAGGACCACAUGAGCUCGAACAGCAAGUUGGACGAGUUCCUUUAUACCCUGGUGACCUACAUAUCUGGCGUACUCUAUUACGUGUCCACGACGAUUAACCCGAUUUUAUAUAAUAUCAUGUCGAACAAAUUUCGAGUUGCGUUCAUGGAAACAUUGUCAAGGAGUUGCAGAAUCCCCGGCCUGGCGAUUCGCACGGAACAACGAUCGUACUCGAGUCUGCCACGAUCGCAGCAGCGAGCGAUCGGCUCUAGAAACAUGGGAACAGGCGGCACCGGAAUCAUCCACGACAGCACCGACUGUUCCGGCAAUUCUGGCCACAACAGCCUAAAGCAGAACGCUCAGCCAUUGGCUGAGCAUCUUAACGCGGAGUCGACGCGGAACAACGUGGAUAAGAAGGACAACGAGGACAUCGGCAGACUGGAAGACUCGAAAGAGAUUAAAAACAAGGACGUCGGUUGUUACAAGUGUUCGAGAAAAUCGAGGCCAGCCAGAUAUGCCACCGUGAAGCUUUCGAACGCGAGCCAAUCUGAGAAGAAAUGGUGGCGUUUGUUAAAGUGGUUCCCCGGCUUAAAGUCCUUGAAACUCGCCGGAAGAAGCACGUGCACCGUCCCGGAAAAUAGUCCUCUGAGAAGGUCAGAGCUUAGACGAGAGGAGAUCUCGAUGACUUUGUGGAAUGAAACGAACGAACAAAACACCGUUUAAGUUUCCCAGGGUGCGAUAUCGGUUUAGGUAGAAACGUUGAAAUUACGAAUGAUGAAAGUGGAACUUGGGUCGAAAUUAGUCUGUUCUUGAUGGUGAUGGUGCUUGAAACUUCAAAUAGAUUAACCAUCCUCGCUUAAUUAUCGUUACGAUUAUUACAAAGUAACUGAGAAUUGCGAGAUUGAACUUUGAGCGAGUGAUCGCAGGUUAGACGUACGAAUGAAUUUUAUGGGAUGACGAGAGCGUACGACGAUAAGCUACAAAAAUAUUUUAGCUCGCUAAACUGAUGCCGCAAGGGAAAAUGAGACUGUGUAAAUGCAAGUAAUCGGAGCUUUCUAUCUUUUUUUCUUUUUUCUUUUUUCUUUUUUUCUACGCGAGGAGGGGAAAAUGCACUUACGCAUGCCCAGCAACCCGUGCGGCCGCUGGAUUACGUGGAACUCGGCAAAAUGAUAACGCCUCUACCCACUGAAAACCUCUCCUCUUUCUGAUAUCGGAUAGCUACACGAGGUCCAACCCCGUAACUGCCAUGAGCAUUACGUCGGGAUUGGCCUCUUUUGUAUCUCCUGGUUUAUUUCAUAAAUAGUCAAGUAAUUGGAACCUAACCUUCUGGCCUGGUGUAAAUAAAGCAGGCUUCGGAUCUUAGUUUUCACAUUCAGGAAUUAAAAUCAAUCUGAUCUGGUAUCUGAUCAUCUAUAUGGUGAUAUGACCUAGGUCGAGGUAAAUUUAACUUCGUCCUAAUCUACGUUAGAUCUGAGCGAUAAAAUCUAACUAACUUCGAAUUGCAUCUAACUUAAUUUACAAACGAUAAAAUUUCACUUCUUUUGUUCGCGCUUCAAGUAUUUGAGUUUGUAGAUCGUAAAAGAAGAAUGCUUUAAAAAUACUGUACAAUUCUAUGUUGCAAAGCCAACAAAUAGUUUUCCUUGUCGAGUAUUAAAAAGAAUAAAAGACCGUACUAUAUAACGUAUAAAAAUUGAAAUUCGUAUAAAAUUUGACAAAAACCGUUCGUUUUAAAAAGUUUAUAAAGCAUCACAGUUAGCUUAUCUGUGCAAACUUGUAUCUUUGUACAUUGUAGUUCUAAAAAUCAUUAGUUUAUUUCAUCCACUUCUGCUUGCGUUUUAGACGCACUACUAUCCAACUAAAAACACACACACGACUCACCUUUAUUUAAAAGAAAAACUAGGUUCGUGAAAACGAUUAAAAAAUUCGAACUAAUCGUCGAGCUAACGAGGUACAGUGUCACUGUGUCACUUUUAACGUCAAAAAGUUGGUGAUGUUAUUGUAACGAGACGAACUCGUUAAUCCGAUCGAUUCAGAAGAAAUCACGAAUUCCACGUGGUUUACAGUAUAACUUUUGCUUCAAUAAUUGAGAAGCUUAGCCCAAAUGUUUCGAACUUCAAAAAGACUGAUCCUUAUUAACUAGAGUUUCUACAAGAAAUCACAUUUUCAUCGUAUUUCCCGCUGAUCGAUAAUUUACCUAUAGAAACUUUUAGGCGUUCUACAAUAUCGACCCGAGAUAAAUCUCGCUUAAUUAAAAAUAGACGAUUUUCGUUACCGUAUAAAAAACAAUUAAUCUAUGGAGAAUCAGUGAACGUUACUUAUGAUAUUACAAAUUACGAUCAUUUCCGUUUUCCUUCUUCCUUCGACUAUUUUCUCAUUAAAAAGUAUCUAGUUUUUUAUUUUGUUUCGUUUCUCUUUUUAUGGUAUCGCUGAUUCUUCGAAACGAUUUAGUAUCUACCGAUGAAAAUAAUAAACUUAAUUUUGUCUUCUAAAAAUGCAUGAACAUGUGUUGAGAGCGACGUUGUAAGUUUUAUUUGAUAAAUAUAAAAUGAUUGAUUUGGUAAAAGAGUAACGCGUGCAAAAAAUCACAACUUCCAAAGUAUUUGAAGAAAUUAACUCUAAAAGCGAACUAUUUAAAAAUAAUAAAUAUCGUUUACUAGAAUAGAAUAAUUAUCCAAUAACAUUAUACUAUUUAGCAAGGACAACAUCACUGUUUAAGAUCAGACUUUAAUCCUUCUUCUAGUAGUAAACAAUACUAUUAAUCACAUUGUAAAAAAACAAAGUUUUCUUGCUAAAUAACAGAGUGAUUAAUUAUAUUCUAUUUCAAACUGUUUUCCUAAUGAUUGUGCCAAUCUUUUUGUAUCACUCUUCUAAUAAAUCGACAACAUGUGCAUUUACUUAUUCCGUUGUAUAAACCAAGAAUAUAUCGUGUUGCGUACGUACAAAUGAUUAAUAAAUCCAAGAAGUAUAAACAAGAAGGAAUUGUUGGAUCGUGGUCAUAAAUUGUUUUUGAAUAAUAUACGUAUCGCAAAGUGCUUGUCAGAUUUGCUAUAUCCACGAUUCAUGGCGGAUAUUUGAAAACAUAGAGAUUAAAGAUAGAGUGCGUGACUGCGAGAGAGCUGAAAAACAGAUCUAGCAAUAGAAAGAGAACGCUGCAUAAGGACCUCUUGCGUCCUUGUCUAAUAACCUACGCACGGUCAUACAGUAGGUAUUUAAGUGUAAUACCGAUCAACGAACAGCGUCAGCGUACAAUACACAAGACGAGAACAGAGGAAGCCUUUAUGCAGCGUUCUCCUUCUAUUCAUAUAUAGCAUUCAAUUACAUAUGGCUCGCGUACUCUAUCUUUAUAUCUCGAUGGUUGAAAAGCAUGUCGAUAUUACAGGUCGAUAUAUGUGUGUGUAUAUAUAUAUA